GGAGACCGACCACCCAUCCCCCAGCAAGGCAGCAGCCAGCAGCACCCGGAGGGAGCAGCCCAGAGACGGAGGGGACGCCGGCUGCUGGGAACCUCCCGGGAUCACCCCCUCCCCAAGCCUGACACAGCAGCCAGCGCCGGGUACACCGGCGAGUAGCGGCACGGAGGGAGGAUGUUAAACGUGGAGAGCCUGGACCGGGUGGAUCUGUGUGAGAGUCUGUUGACGUGGAUACAGACAUUUCACGUAGAUGCACCAUGUAAAACAGUAGAAGACCUUACAAGCGGUGUUGCAAUGGCCAUGGUCCUUCAAAAAAUAGACCCAUCAUACUUUGAUGAGAACUGGUUAAACAGGAUUAAAACAGAUGUAGGAGAUAAUUGGAGGCUUAAGAUUAGUAAUUUGAAGAAGAUUUUGAAAGGCAUUUUGGACUACAAUCAUGAGAUUUUGGGCCACCAGAUAAAUGAUUUUACACUUCCAGACGUUACUUUGGUUGGAGAACACUCCGAUGCCUCAGAACUUGGACGGAUGCUCCAGCUAAUAUUAGGCUGUGCUGUAAAAUGUGAACAAAAGCAAGAAUAUAUCCAAACCAUCAUGAUGAUGGAAGAGUCUGUACAGCAUAUGGUGAUGACCGCUAUUCAGGAGCUGAUGAGUAAAGAAACACCAGUCUCUCUUGGAACAGAUGCUUAUGCUGAACUUGACCGACAGCUAAAGAAAUCUACGGAAGAACUGAAUGACGCAUUGGCAGCAAAAGAAGAAAUUGCCCAGCGAUGCCAUGAACUAGACAUGCAGGUCGCAGGCCUCCAAGAAGAGAAGAGUAGUUUGCUGGCUGAGAACCAGGUCCUAAUGGAGCGAAUGAACCAAUCCGAUUCUCUGGAAGAUCCCAACAGCCCUGCAGGAAGAAGACACCUACAGCUGCAGACACAACUUGAACAGCUGCAAGAAGAAACAUUUAGGCUUGAAGCAUCUAAAGAUGAUUACAGGAUACGUUGUGAAGAGUUGGAGAAGGAGAUCACAGAUUUAAAACAACAGAAUGAAGAUUUAACCACACUGGCAGAUGAAGCACAAUCCCUGAAAGAUGAAAUGGAUGUUCUACGGCAUUCUUCGGAUAAAGUAGCAAAACUGGAGAGUCAAGUAGAGUCAUACAAGAAAAAACUGGAAGAUCUUGGGGAUUUGCGAAGGCAGGUGAAGCUUCUAGAGGAAAAAAACACCAUGUACAUGCAAAAUACAGUGAGCCUGGAGGAGGAGCUCAGGAAGGCGAAUGCUGCUCGUAGUCAGCUUGAAACCUACAAGAGACAGGUUGUUGAGCUGCAGAAUAGACUCUCGGAAGAAUCUAAAAAAGCUGACAAAUUGGAUUUCGAGUACAAAAGACUGAAAGAAAAAAUUGACAGCUUACAAAAAGAAAAGGAUAGACUAAGAUCAGAAAGAGACUCUCUGAAAGAAACUAUUGAGGAGCUCCGAUGUGUACAGGCACAAGAGGGCCAGCUGACCACCGCAGGGUUAAUGCCACUAGGUAACCAGGAACCAGCAGACAGCUUGGCUGCAGAAAUAGUUACACCGGAAAUAAAGGAGAAACUAAUUCGCCUUCAGCAUGAAAAUAAAAUGUUAAAAAUUAAUCAAGAAGGCUCAGAUAAUGAAAAAAUCUCUUUGUUGCAAAGCUUGCUUGAUGAUGCAAACAUGCGGAAAAACGAGCUGGAGACAGAGAACAGGCUGGUAAAUCAGAGACUGCUAGAAGUACAGUCACAGGUGGAAGAGCUGCAGAAAUCAUUACAAGACCAAGGAGCAAAAGCAGAAGAUUCACUUCUUUUGAAGAAGAAGCUUGAAGAACAUCUAGAGAAGCUUCAUGAAGCCAACAAUGAGCUGCAGAAGAAGCGUGCAAUAAUUGAAGACCUGGAGCCGCGGUACAACAAUAGCUCAAUAAAAAUAGAAGAAUUGCAAGAUGCUUUACGGAAGAAAGAAGAGGACAUGAAACAAAUGGAGGACCGGUACAAAAAAUAUCUGGAAAAAGCAAAAAGUGUUAUCCGCACGUUGGAUCCAAAGCAGAAUCAGGGAACAGGACCAGAGAUACAAGCCUUAAAGAAUCAACUACAAGAAAGGGAUAAAAUGUUCCAUUCCUUAGAGAAAGAAUUUGAGAGAACAAAGACACAGAGAGAUCAAGAAGAAAAGCUUAUUGUUAGUGCUUGGUAUAAUAUGGGCAUGAACUCACACAAAAAAGCUGCAGAAGACAGACUAGCAAACACAGGCUCAGGACAGUCGUUCCUUGCAAGACAAAGACAAGCUACAAGUUCAAGGAGGUCUUAUCCAGGGCACGUCCAACCAGCUACAGCGAGGUAGAAGAACCUUAUGCUGGAAAAUGUGCCCCAUAAGCUUGGGUUGCAUAGAACUACAUUUCAGGAAAUGUCACCAUCGUGCUUUUAAUUUCCUCCCUCUCUUUUUAAUACACUUUUGUUAGAUUUAUAGAUCUUCUCUAUAAUUGCCCAUUUUAAAUCACUUUACUUUGAAAGUGCCAAAAAGUUCUACAAUACAAAAUUAAUUGUAAAGUUUAUUUUUUUGUUUUCUUUCAUAUUUGUGUUUUUUUUUAUGUUAUUGUUCUGAGCUUAGAACAUCAGAACUGUUUCUUAUGCAAAACAUUGAUUUAAAAUAAGAAACUCAAAGCUCGUCUUUCUAUGUGGUCUUAUGAAUCCAGGCAGGAGAUGAAAUGUAUAUGUAUGUGUGCUUUUAAUGAGCAAAUGCCACAGUGCUAUCAGGACAAUUACUUUUAAUUCAUUGAAUUCCUGACUUAAUUUAGGGAUAGAAGGAAUUUGUUGAACAGCCAGGUGCCGCAACAGUGUCUAAUACAAUACACAAUAGACUAUCACAGUGCCCACAAUUGUGGAAGCUUAGCAAACAACAUGAAGUAUUAACAGAACAGGGAGCAUUCUGUGCUGUGUAGGUCCUUUAUCAGUCCACAUCUAGGCAGUAUAAAGUCAUCCAUACAUAGUAGUGGUUGUUACAUGAUGUCUUAAUAACACAUGUUUAUUUUGCACAAGCCCACGUCUAAAUGUACAUAUAUGCAAGUGUGUGGUCCCUUAUCAUUGUGGUACUUGCUUAUAUGUUGUUAAAUAGAGGUUGGUAAAACGGACUCAAGAAAAGCCCUUUGUAUGCACAGAAUGUUAAUCUGAAUUUUCAGGAAUAUGUGUGUAAAUCAUUUAAGUGCUGCAAUUGGUUGGGCAACUCACUGGAAUGUUCUAUAUUGUCUGACUACAUAUUUACCACUCUCUACCACGCACCAAACCUCCACAAGCUACUUUGCAAUACUUUUGGAACCACUGCAAAUCUAAAUGAAAUAUUUGCAAUCCAUUAAAUGAUUGCGCCCCAAAAACAUGUGGGAAAUAAGGGAAUCAAUUUGCAUAAUUUAUUACAUCAGGAGGCAUUUUUAUAUUUCCUUUUGAUUUUAUUCCCAAAAAGUGAAUGUAAUUUGUGCCACUAUAAAUACUAUUUAAAUACAAUUUCUAUUUAAAUAGAUGACUUUAGUAAUUUAAAUGAUAACAUAGCACUUUCAUUUGUGCAAGUGUGUUCAGUGUGUUAGGUUUGCAUUGUGAUUUGGGGCUACAUUGAAAUAACUUAGAGGGCAGUUAAUUCAAUUGUUUUAAAGGAAAUGUAAUGCAAAAAUAUGAAGACAUGCCUAAUAACGAGAGCCACCCAAACUCGUAAUAUAUAAACACAGACGUUUUCUGUCUCCUUCACACAAUGGGUUAACUACAGUACUUAACAAAAAAACAUAUCAGUGCUCUUGGAUCCCAUGACAUUAAAAAGUGACUGGUAUUUCUAGUCAUUUGCUUGGAUGCAUAUUUAGCGGUUCAGAAAGGAAAAUUGGCUUCCCCUAUUGUGUGUAGGCAAUGGAUAAAUAUUGGUAUAAUAGUAAAAAUUAUAUUUUUGUUUUGUAUACCUGAAUCAAGAAUAGGCAUGUGUCAGUUAUCUUAUAAGCUUUAAUUAUUUUCUUUUUUUAUUAUUAUAUGACUCUUGUUGCAUUCAUGCAUCUUAAAACAGUGUGUUUAUUUCCUUAUACAAAAUAAUAUAUUUGUUAAAUAGCAAUCUCUUUUAUGGCAUCACUGCAACACUCAGCAUGAGUAAUACCAUAACAUGGAUGCAGUACUGUUAAUUGAAAAAUAUAGCUUGUUUGUAGCUGGUAGCGAUACCUAUUAUUCAACAUACUGCUUUAAAAAAAAAAGAGAGAUUGUGAAAGUUUCCUUUGAAAUGUUAUAAUGCAUGCCAAAACGAUUUAAGGGACUUUUAAUUGUAAAUACUUUAUAAAAUAUUAGUUCUUUCCUUGCCCAGUGAAAUGAAAGUGAAUGCAGAGUAAAUUCCAUUUUUGGAUUAAUAUGCCUAUUAAUAAACAGAAAUGUGUUACUGAUAGGACAGGAAUACGGAAUAUAAGGCCAAGGUUUACCAUCCAACAACUUCAGUAGAAAGUGAACACUGAAUUUUAUUGUUGCCGCUUAAGGGUUUAUUUACGUAAGUGCAGGUUUUUAGAAGUGAAGAUGUUGCCCAAAGCAACCAAUCAUAUACUUAUCGUUUAUUUAGCACCUUCAAGAAGAUAAUAGCUACAAUCUGAUUGCUAUGGGCAACAUCUCCACUUCAAAAAAAAAACUGCACUUUAGUAAAUACACCACUUAGAAUUAACUCUCACAAUAGAAGAUGAUAAAAUUAUUUAAAAAAACAGCUUUAUAAACCAAAUAUAUUAACAUUAACUUACUAAUACUAAAGAGACAAAUAACACUUUGUGAAAGUCUGUUGAAGGGAAAUGCAAGAAGCUACUUAGCACAUCCGAUUGCUUCCAUGCAGUUAGCUAACAACAUUAACGUUAAAUAUUUUCUGGCGAUGCAAAUGUUGGCAUACACAUUUAUGAAUAUUGCUAAAGAUGUGUCCUCAUAGAUCGUUGCUGCCGUCACAUUAAACAGCCCUUCUAGUAGCACCUAGCCGUGAGCACGUUUUACGAACGCUGGACGUAUUUUUGUGCAUUUUCCACUGAAAAUGGGUCAAAUUUGCAUCUAUAUGUGAAUAAGACACAUAAGCAGACUCUGCUAAUUAAAAUGAUAUAUGGCAUGUAUAUAUUCUGUGUGCGACAGUGCCUGUAUCUGCAUACGAAAUGCUACGUUAUAAUGUUUUUCUGGAAAAUAUGUUAGUGUCCUGGAAAACAGUAACA